GACUCCGAGGACGAUCUACCGAUUUGUGCUCCCAAUGCUGUCUGCUCAAAAAUCGAUUUGUACGAAACACCUUGGAUCGAGCGUCAAUGCCGUUGCCCCGAAUUGAAUCGUCAACCGCACAUUAUACUCCACCAUCACUCAACAACACAUCAUCACGGCAGCGGCUCCGGCUCCGGCUCCGGCUCCGGCGAGCUCUCACAAUCCGCUGGUGCUGGUGCUGCUGCUGCUGCUGCGGCGGCACAUGAAAAAUUCCGCAGCUACUAUGAACGAGAGAGAAUGUUGCAACAUAAACGUUUGCUGGUGGGCGAUUUCAACGAUAAGAAAUUCGAGCAGCUGCAUCUGAAGAAGUUGAUGCAACGUUUAGGCGCCGUCUAUGAGGAUGAUUUAAAUUUACAGGCUAGCGAUUAUGCAUCAUCGGCAUCGUCACAUAACGAAGACAACGAUGCUUUGCCCAAUUCACAGGAGGGCGAUGAAAUUGGUGAACUGAACGACAAUGAAUUUCCGCAUACACCAUCGCGUCGUAAUUACUAUUCGGUGGAGCCGAGUACAGCGCAUAUGCGGCAUUCGGGUCAUAAUGGGCAUCGUGCGAAGGAUUCGUUGAUCACCUUCAUUGGUGGCUGUCCGAGUGGGUUGGGUGUGGAGGAUGGCCAUACAAUUGCCGAUAAGACGCGUCACUAUAAGAUGUGUCAACCGGUGCACAAGUUGCCCGUAUGCAAACAUUUCCGCGAUUACACGUGGACGCUUACCACUUCAGCUGAACUAAAUGUGACUGAACAAACUGUACAUUGUCGUUGCCCAAAGAAUUCGGUGACAUAUCUGACGAAACGAGAGCCGGCUACAUAUGGCGCGAGCGGUUAUACGUACCUCUUUGCUUGUUCACCCAUAACA